CCAUUUUAGCCAAAGGUCAUGUGUGUGUCUUGUCAAAGGCCAGCUUCCAAUGGAAUCACUGUCCCCGGGCCUAGCGGCCCCCUGACUACAUCUGCAUUGGAGAAAUCCCAAAAGCAAACUGCCCAGCGCAAACAAGAGCAGUCGGGAGCCGCCGUCCCCCGGGCACAGCUCCCAGGUCCCCGGGCCGGGCCCGCAGCCGAGGCCGCGUCCGUCCGCCAGCGCCCCGGCCCCGUAGCAGGCACCCCGAAGCCGCACCAUGAGCCGGCACGCCGCCGAUCGGGUAAUAUCCCUGUUCACUUUUGCCAUUGGGGUCCACAUCUGCCUGGGAUUCACAGCAAGUCGGAUUAAGAGAGCGGAAACAUGGGAUGAAGGCCCUCCUACAGUAUUAUCGGACUCCCCCUGGACCAACACUUCUGGAUCGUGCAAGGGUAGAUGCUUUGAGCUUCAGGAAGUUGGACCUCCUGAAUGUCGGUGUGACAACCUGUGUAAGAGCUACAGCAGUUGCUGCCAUGACUUUGAUGAACUGUGUUUGAAGACAGCUCGUGGCUGGGAAUGCACUAAGGACAGAUGUGGAGAAGUACGCAAUGAGGAGAACGCUUGUCACUGCUCUGAGGACUGCCUGGCCCGGGGAGAUUGCUGCACCAAUUACCAAGUGGUGUGCAAAGGAGAAUCACAUUGGGUAGAUGAUGACUGUGAAGAAAUAAAGGCCCCUGAGUGCCCAGCCGGGUUUGCCCGCCCUCCGCUGAUCAUCUUCUCUGUGGAUGGCUUCCGGGCAUCGUACAUGAAGAAAGGCAGCAAAGUGAUGCCCAACAUCGAGAAGCUUCGGUCCUGUGGCACACAUUCUCCUUACAUGAGGCCCGUGUACCCUACAAAAACCUUCCCUAACUUGUACACUUUGGCUACAGGUUUGUAUCCUGAGUCUCAUGGGAUUGUUGGCAACUCCAUGUACGACCCAGUGUUUGAUGCCACCUUCCAUCUCCGAGGGCGAGAGAAAUUUAAUCACAGGUGGUGGGGGGGUCAGCCGCUAUGGAUUACAGCCACCAAGCAAGGCGUGAGAGCGGGAACAUUCUUUUGGUCUGUAACCAUCCCUCACGAGCGGAGAAUAUUAACCAUCCUGCAGUGGCUGACGCUACCAGACAAUGAGAGGCCUUCAGUCUAUGCCUUCUAUUCUGAACAACCUGAUUUCUCUGGACACAAAUACGGUCCCUUUGGCCCUGAGGAGAGUAGUUAUGGUUCACCUCUUACUCCGGCUAAGAGACCUAAGAGGAAAGUUGCCCCUAAGAGGAGACAGGAAAGACCAGUUGCUCCUCCAAAGAAAAGAAGAAGAAAAUUACAUAGGAUGGAUCAUUAUACAGCGGAAACUCGUCAGGACAAAAUGACAAAUCCUCUAAGGGAAAUUGACAAAACCGUGGGCCAACUAAUGGAUGGGCUGAAACAACUCAAGCUGCAUCGGUGUGUAAAUGUCAUCUUUGUUGGAGAUCACGGCAUGGAAGAUGUCACAUGUGAUCGAACUGAAUUCUUGAGCAAUUAUCUGACUAAUGUGGAUGAUAUUACUUUAGUGCCUGGAACUCUUGGAAGGAUUCGACCCAAAUUUAACAAUAAUGCUAAAUAUGACCCUAAAGCGAUCAUUGCUAAUCUUACAUGUAAAAGACCAGAUCAGCACUUUAAGCCUUACAUGAAACAGCACCUGCCCAAACGUUUGCAUUACGCGAACAACAGAAGAAUCGAGGAUAUCCAUUUGCUGGUGGAACGUAGAUGGCAUGUUGCAAGGAAACCUUUGGAUGUUUAUAAGAAACCAUCAGGAAAAUGUUUCUUCCAGGGAGACCAUGGAUUCGACAAUAAGGUGAACAGCAUGCAGACUGUGUUUGUAGGGUAUGGCCCAACAUUUAAGUACAAGACUAAAGUGCCUCCAUUUGAAAACAUCGAACUUUACAAUGUUAUGUGUGAUCUCCUGGGAUUGAAGCCAGCUCCUAAUAAUGGAACCCAUGGUAGUUUGAAUCACCUAUUACGUACUAAUACCUUCAGGCCAAUCAUGCCAGAGGAAGUGACCAGACCGAACUACCCAGGGAUUAUGUAUCUUCAAUCUGACUUUGACCUGGGCUGUACCUGUGAUGAUAAGGUAGAGCCAAAGAACAAGUUGGAUGAGCUCAACAAACGCCUUCAUACCAAAGGGUCUACAGAAGCUGAAACCAGGAAAUUCAGAGGCAGCAAAAAUGAAAACAAGGAAAACCCUAAUGGAAAUUUUGAACCUAGAAAAGAAAGACAUCUCCUCUAUGGAAGGCCUGCAGUGCUUUAUCGGACUCGAUAUGACAUCUUGUAUCACACUGAUUUUGAAAGUGGUUAUAGUGAAGUUUUAUUAAUGCCACUCUGGACAUCAUAUACUGUUUCUAAACAGGCUGAGGUCUCUGGCAUUCCUGAGCAUCUGACCAAUUGUGUUCGACCUGAUGUCCGUGUUUCUCCUGGUUUCAGUCAGAACUGCUUGGCCUACAAAAAUGAUAAACAGAUGUCCUAUGGGUUCCUCUUUCCUCCUUAUCUGAGCUCUUCACCAGAAGCUAAAUAUGAUGCAUUCCUUGUAACCAAUAUGGUUCCAAUGUAUCCUGCUUUCAAACGGGUGUGGAAUUACUUCCAAAGGGUAUUGGUGAAGAAAUAUGCUUCAGAGAGAAAUGGUGUUAAUGUGAUAAGUGGACCCAUUUUUGACUAUGACUACAAUGGCUUACGUGACACAGAGGAUGAAAUCAACCAGUAUGUGGAAGGCAGUUCCAUUCCUGUCCCAACUCACUACUACAGCAUCAUUACCAGCUGCCUGGAUUUCACUCAGCCUGCUGACAAGUGUGACGGGCCCCUGUCUGUGUCCUCCUUCAUCCUUCCCCAUCGCUCGGACAAUGACGAGAGCUGCAAUAGCUCAGAGGAUGAGUCGAAAUGGGUAGAAGAACUUAUAAAGAUGCACACAGCUCGAGUGCGGGAUAUUGAACAUCUCACCAGUCUGGAUUUCUUCCGAAAGACAAGCCGUAGCUACUCAGAAAUUCUGACUCUCAAGACAUACCUGCAUACAUAUGAGAGUGAGAUUUAAUUUUCUGAUCAGUGCAGUGCAGUCUUAUCAACUGGUGUAUAUUUUUAUAUUAUGUUUGUAUUUAUUAAUUUGAAACCAGGACAUUAAAAAAACACUUAGUAUUUUAAUCCUGUACCAAAUCUGACAAUAUUAAGCUUGAAUGACUCCACUGUUUCUUGUUUAAUGCUUGAUUUAGGUAGUCUUGUGUUCUGAGUAGAGCUUGUAAUAAAUACUGCAGCUUAAGUUUUUAGUAGAAGCUUCUAAAAGGUGCUGCAGAUUUGAUAUUUGCAUUGAGGAAUAUUAGUUUUCCAAUGCACUGUUGCCACAUUUAGUCCUGUACUGUAUCAAAAUCUUGAUUUUUGUAAAGUUGCAUUCAUCUGCUAUUAACUGUAACAGACAUAUUUAAACCUUAUAGACCAAUCUUAACUAUAAUAAAUCACACUUUCAGUUUU